UUUAAAUAUUCGAAUUUUCAAAUCUAAUUCGGACUAUUCCCUAGUCAAAGUACACAAAAAAUACUUAUUGAAGAUUUCAUCAGUUAUUGCUUUGAAAAAUUUACCUCCUCUGUAGAAUUACUUGUAAAAAUGUAAAAAGAGUUGUGUGGCAACACGUGCAUGAGAAAAAUUCUUGGGGAUGUCAAAUAAGUGCUGUGAUUGGCUAUUUGGUGGCCUCUUAGUGGACUUGUAGCCUAACAGAGGCUCUGUUUGGCAGUACACAUGGUUUUUAUGCAACCAAAACUUGCCUCCAAGCAAGAAGGAAUUCUAAAAUAAGCACCUGCUUAGAGGCCACCGAGAGCACAUCUAAGGGGCUGGUGAGCAACAUGUUGAUGAGCCACUGGCUUGGAGGGUUCUUUACAAGAUACAACUUGGGCAGGAGCCAUUGCAGAACUGUUCAUAUAUGCACCAGAUGAUCCUAAGCCCAGCUCAAUACACUAGCAAAACCAAUGGCUUGUGUGUGGAUCCCCUCUUAUGUUUCAAGCAGGAAACUAAAGCUGAGUCUGUCUGAGCUUAUUCUGACUGGGGCAAUGAUAGUGAUGCCUCAAACAUAAUAUAUUGCUUUCAACUCAUAAUUUAGGCCACGUGGGACAUAUUGUUCCAUUGUUUGACUCCAACCUUAAGGGGGUUAUUGACUAAAACUCUAAUUAUUAGAGAGAAUUUUUUCGAGAUUUAUUAAAACCCGAAGCUGCUAGCAAUUUGAAUCUGAAAAUAAUCUGUCAAUGGCAGAUGGUCCCUUAAAACUUUGAAAAAUGUUUUGUCUUCAUGUUUCUUGAAAGUUUUGAGCUUUUAGCUCUGCUUUUCUUUCAAUAAUCCAAACUAUUUGGUUUUCAGCCAACAACUCAGAGCAUCAUUUCUAAAAAUUGUUGCAUAAUUUGAAUUAACACUCAAUUUUGUCACAACAUUUUGUUUUUGAGUAAAUAACCCCUACGUGUUCAUGUUGUAUUCAAUUUAGGCCUGGUAGGUAACCUUUGUGCUGGAGGUUGGAUGUCAACUCCCUCCAGCUCAACCUGGAUUGUCUGGAAUAAACAACAACAACAAAAAAAAAAUACAAUAAUGCCUAUCCCACAGUAAAUUAGUAGAAAAAAAAUUGUGAUUUAGUAACUCCCCAAAUGUAAAAUGUGGUCUAGGUGCCUCAACCCCACAGCAACCCUUUCCAUAUCAAAUUCUAAAGCUGAUGCCACACAAUGCUAAAACUUGGCCUGCUGAAAAACACACUGAGGAUCAGCCCCUACCCUUGCAUCAGCUUCCUUCUUGCCUGCACCUGAAUUUCAGACCUGUAAUCUGUAAACUCAGGCCAACUCAGCGGUUCCAGGUGCAGGCAUGAAGAAAGGCUCAUGCUUGUGUAGGGGUCGAUUCUCAGUGAGUUUUUUCAGCAGGUACAAGAUUCGGGCCCCAUGUGAUUUCGGCCUAAAUGUUGUUGGGCAAGAAAGCACAAAGGUUACUACAAAAAUGUGUUAAAAUCAAAAGAUCUUUAUUGUCACAACCUCUUCAUUACCUUCCUCAUUCCGUGCUCCAUGAGCACUUAUUCAUAGCCUAUUGUAACCCAGUUCAGAUUGCUUAAGAGAAGUCUAGGGUUGCAACCCACCUGAUUUUGACCCCGACAGCCCGGUUUUUCCAGUUUAGGAAAAACAGGUAGGAUUCUCCUCAAUCAAGGUGACAAUUGGCCAACUGCAGUCACAGCCCUCCUGCUUAGGGUUCCUACCUUUUCCCCCAGUGAAGACUGGGCAGGGGGAGGGGCUAUGGGCCAUGCCAACAACAGCUCCAUCCCACAACGCCACCUGUAACUGCUGCCUGGACUUCACUGCCCCCAUAGGUGUCAUCCCUAGAGGGGUCAGCUUUAUAAAUUGUAAUACAUCAUUUCAUUUUCUUAAUCACAGAAAGUCAGUAUUAAGUGGUGGGGGGGGGGCAUUUUGGGCCUCUGUGUACCUGAAAUAGGGCCUAUUUAAAUUCCAGUCAGGGCUGGGCAUGAUGUAGAAUUCAGGUUACCACAGUAUUCACAGAGGGAUAGGUUCCCUUCAAUACAUCAUUAUUCAGCUAUUUAUAACAUUCAGGCACUGGCAUUAUCUUAUGCCAAAGAAUCGUAUUGAAGCUGUAAUGAGCUGCAGGACUCUCCGUUAUUUCCCCCUCACCUCGCUAUGUGUUUAGCAGUAAUGGCUGCUUGUAGUCGUGAGGCGAGCUACCACACUCAGGCUUAGUCCCUUUCCUAUAUUUUCCCCCGGCCACAUACAAGAGGUUUCAGAAGUGCCCAGGCAUUACCGGAGCAUUAUAUGCUAAGAUAGCAUCUCGAGAUUCUCGACCCACGUCACGAAGGAUCACAAACAAUCAGGAAGUUUUACUACUGUAACCGUUGACCAAUCAGUAAACAAGCCUUCACGACUGAAACGCCCCCUAUCGCUACGUCUAGGCUGUUGAUUGGGCCUCUCCCACCACCAGCUCUUCGCGAUUGGCUUUCCAUAAUAAGAAACUCUGAUUAGACAAUGCAUUCCGGCCCCACAUUCUGAUUGGUGGAUGUAGAACUGACAGUGAUGCGCUCUUACCUGCUAUGCCCUAUGUACCGGAGUUCGCUGGUUGACAGUUCACCAGCAGGAGAUGUAGUGGUGUAACCCACCGGCAUGUCUAACGCGCUUGUAAUGGCGGGGGAUCCCCUCGUGCCUGGUAGCUGCGUUUCCCAAGUACACCCGGUGUUUAAGGCCUUCUUGUGCGGAUCUCUGAGCGGCACUUGUUCUACACUUCUCUUCCAGCCGCUGGAUCUGGUCAAGACUCAACUACAGGCUCACCAGCUCUCUGCCAGCACUGCCGGGAGCCGUCCUCGAAUGCUAAACCUUUUAAUGAAGGUUAUACGGAAUGAGAAUAUUUUAGGACUAUGGAAAGGUGUCUCCCCUUCCUUCCUGCGCUGUAUCCCCGGUGUUGGACUGUACUUUAGCACCCUCUAUAUGCUGAAGCACCACUUUUUCGCAGAGCAGGACCCCACACCUUUGGAGUCUGUUAUGUUGGGAGCAGGGUCCAGGACAGUAGCUGCUGUGUGCAUGCUGCCCUUUACCGUUGUGAAGACUCGCUAUGAGAGCGGCAAAUAUGGAUACAAAAGUGUGUAUGGUGCAUUGAAGAAUAUCUACAAAACUGAGGGUCCACGCGGUCUUUUCAGUGGGCUCACUGCCACUCUCCUGCGAGAUGCUCCCUUUUCCGGGAUCUACUUAAUGUUUUAUACUAGGGCCAAAAAACUUGUGCCACAUGAUCAGAUUGAUCCAUUAUUUAGUCCUGUUUUGAACUUCAGCUGUGGUAUUGUGGCUGGUAUUCUGGCAUCUGUGGCCACUCAACCUGCGGAUGUCAUCAAGACUCACAUGCAGCUAUCCCAUGAAAAGUACCAUUGGACAGGACAGGUUGCACUUAACAUCUACCGGAGCCAUGGGCUAACUGGAUUUUUCCGUGGGGGUGUCCCCCGUGCUCUCCGAAGGACUCUUAUGGCAGCCAUGGCUUGGACAGUAUAUGAACAAAUGAUGGAGAAAAUGGGAUUGAAGUCCUGAACUGUGCAACUUUAUUUAAGAGAGCUGAAUGGGCUGGAAGCCAUUGGCACUUUGACAGCGAUGUUACAAGUACAAGAAUUUGAUCGAAGCAGAUUCACCUCUGCAAACAGAGUCCUCCAGAGAUGAAGAUACAAAAUGCCUCGACACUUACUAAAUCCUGAAGCGCAGGAAGCAUCGAUAGAAUAUGGCAAUGGACCCGGGUUUUUAAAGAAAAAUGUCCUAAA